AUGGCGGAUUCGGGGCUGGGAGAUGUGGAGUCUCUGCCCCGCGGGGGCUUUCGGUGUCGCCUCUGCCAUGUGGCGGUGGCCAAUAGUGAGUGGGGCCGAAGGUCGGGAGGUGGGGCCUGUGCUGCGGGUGGACAAAGGGUUUAUAUUGUCCUAUGCACACGCACAAAAAGAGAGAACUCGGUCUGGUACUCUGCACGUGGCCAGAGGCACUCUUCUCUCUUGCUCAAAUGCUUCCAAGGCUGAACUUGGACCCGAGUCAAGUGUUCUGUCUCGGAAGCGCAGGAGGGCAAAGAUGGGGAAUCGAUGGCCCUUCAGGCUCCCAUAUCUUGGCCAGCGCUGAUGGGAAUUAAGAGCCCAGCAACGUCUGAAGGGCUGCAGUUGCGCAGCUCCUGCUGCGGGGUUACUCUUCUCCCCACCCCUUGCGAAAUUCCUGUAUACUGUAUUUCAAAACUUUUCAGCUGAAGUGAAGGUUUUGGUGAUAUGAGGAAGCUGUGAUGAAGGAAAACUUCGCCUGUUGCAGGGUUUUUUGGAGCCUCCUGAGAAGUAAAGUUACACACUUGAGGCAAUCUUGCCUUACUUAUGAACAGCAGCUAACGUACAAGAGUCCUAAACCAUGGAAAGAAACUUCUUUCCUUGUGUUCUUAUACAAUGAAUAUAUAUGUAUAUUUUUUCUUCUGCAAGAGCAGCUGAGUUGACCUUUUCCCCUUUAGUAUGCACAUGGAACAGUGGUCUUGCGAAAGGGCCCAUGCAGUUAAAAUCAGUUUCAUAUUCCUCUAUACAAUUUCCAAGCUGUUGACAUCUAGAACUAAGGAGGCAAAAGCACUCAUGGCGUUCCAAAUUUGGUCUUAAUCAGUUAUUGAAAAGCAUUAUCCAUACCAAUUUUGAGUGAUGGGGAAGACUAUUGAUAUGUUCUUAUUUAUUAAAUUUAUAUACUGCCUUUCAUCUGAAGAUCACAUGGCAGUUUACAACAUAAAAACAUAGUAACAUAAUAGCAGAACAACAACACCCAUGCACAUUUAAAUGUCAUAUAUUGUUGUAUCACUCAGAGGCCUGGUUGAAGAGGAAUGUUUUUGCCUGGCACCUAAAAAUAUGUAAUGAAGGCACCAAGUGUGCCUUAUAUAAAUAAAUCCUUAUUUUUGCAAUGUAAACAGCUUACAAACAGAUUUCAAAGUGAUGGAAGACCACACCUUUGCCUCCCUUACGCCUGAUGCCACAUAAGAUAUCAGAGGUAGGGUAGGUGGGUUGUAGUUUUGGGGGAAAUGCCCUUGUGAAGCCCACCACAAUGACCAGACACCGGUUCAAAAUGGCUUUUACCUGAUUUUUAUGUCAGGUGUGUCAUUUUGAUGUUUUGGAUGUCGUCUGCAUAUUGGUGCUACCCAACUCUAAAUCCCCUGAUUUCACACAGCUUCAUAUGGAUGUUAACUAUUUUUAUUUGUGUGUGCGUGUUUUGUUAACAGAUUCAUUUGAAAGUGAAGGUUUCAGGGUAUUUUAAGUGGCAAGUUACUUUAAUGGCCCCCUGAGCCUUAUAUCUCGGUCAUUGAGAUAAUCCACAGGAGCAUUGUAAUGGUGCCCUGUGUUACAGAGGCCUGGCUGACCUCAGCUAAAAAUCAGCCAUUUAGUGUUGCUGGUCCCAUGUGAUGGAAAACUCUGGCAGAGAUUUGGCAGGCACCCUCACUUUUGACUUUCAAACACCUCUUGAAGACUUAUUUUUAUGUUGAUAAGCCUAUUCAGUUUUAAGAGUAGACAGGCAUUUUAAUGAUGAUUUUGCGUGUUAAUGGCAUUUUAUGUUUUGCUGUAUUUGUAUUGUAUAUAUCGUAGUAGACUGCAUUGAUAUUUUACAUCAGAUGGCGGAAUGUAAAUACUUUUAUAUUAUUACCAUUUAUUUAUUCAACUUGUAUCCAGCCCUUCCUCCCAAAGGAGCCCAGGGUGGCAAACAUAUCACUACCAAAAAUCAUUCUAAAACCAAUAUAAGUAACUAUCUUGGAGUGCUGUGUUGGAGUAAGUGUGUUGGAGUUCUGGAACUGUUUUUAUUAUACUUGGUUUGCAUCGUAUUGCUUUUAAAUGUGUAUUGAUGUAAACUGCUCUGGGGUCAUCAUGUCAAAAGGGCAAUAUUAAAAGCUGAUUAAAAUAAGCAAACCAAAGCCUUGGUUUUUCUGCUGCAGAGCCCAGCCUGGAUGACCACCUUCGUGGGAAGAAACACCAGCGCUUGGAAAACCUCCGCACUGUCCGGCAGGCCCAAGAGCUUCGCAGUGUGUUUGUCAGUGGUUUUCGGAAGGGGACACCAGCCUCUGAGCUGAGUGAUUAUUUCCAGGCCUAUGGGGAGGUGGCCAAUGUGGUGAUGGACAAGGAUAAGGUAUAGCCUUUGGCAUCAAAUUAGUAAAACCUCGAUAGCUGCUUCUUGGGAAUAUAGGGAGCUGCCUUAAACUGAACCAGGGGGUCCAUCUAGCUCAGUAUUGUUUACUCUGAUGGGCAGCAGCUCCCCAGGGCUUCAGGGUGGGGUUCUUUCUCAUUCCUACCUGGAGAUGCUGGGGAUUGAACCUGGAUCUUUGCAUGCCAAGCAGAUACUUUGCCACUGAGUGAAAGAAAGAGCACAUAGAGCAAGAGACAUAAAGCACUAUAUUAAAAUGGUUUCAGUUCUCCCUUCAGUUCAUUUCACAGAGAAUGAUACUAUCCAAGAGUGCAUUAACUUUACUUUUGGGUUCCUACCACUUUCAAUAUUUAACACACUCUCCGGUUGAAUAAGCUUUGCAGGGGAGCAGGAAAAUACCGUAUUUUUUGCACCAUAACACUCACUUUUUUCCUCCUAAAAAGUAAGGGGAAAUGUCUGUGCGUGUUAUGGAGGGAAUGCCUACGGGUGGCAUGCCUACGGAUUUUCCUCCUCUAAAAACUACGUGCGUGUUAUGGUCGGGUGCGUGUUAUAGAGCAAAAAAUACGGUAAACGUUUAUGAGACAGAUAAGAACAUAAGGAGAGCCUGCUGGAUCAGGCCAGUGGCCUGUCUAGUUCAGCAUCCUGUUCACACAGUGGCCCACCAGGUGCCUCUGGGUAGCCUGCAAGCAAGGCCUGAGCACAAGAGCCCUCUGCCUUCCUGUGCCUUCCAGCAGCUGAUAUUCAUUUUUUAAAUAUUUUAUUAAUUUUCCAAAAAUAACAGAGAUAAAAAACAACAACAACAGUACGUCUUCAUAAUCAAACAUAAAAAGAAAAAAGUUGACUUCCCCCUAGUCCCUUCCCUGGUUCUAUUGUUUAUCAUCAUACCACAUCUCCAUUUUAUAUUGAAAAAUCAUUGAAAUUGCUUAUUGUCUAUUCAUAAUGUCAUUACAAGUGCAGUCAUACCUCGGGUUGAAGUAGCUUCAGGUUGAGCGUUUUCGGGUUGUGCUCUGCGGUGACCUGGAAGUAACAGAGCGUGUUACUUCUGGGUUUCGCCGCUCACGCAUGCGCAGACACUCAAAAUGACGCUAUGUGCGGAAGCGGCGAAACGCGACCUGCGCAGUUGCGGGUUGCGUUCGCUUCAGGAUGCAAACGGGGCUCUGGAACGGAUCCCGUUCGCAUCCAGAGGUACCACGGUAUUUCUAAAAUCCUGCUAAUGUACAGUGGUACCUCAGGUUAAGUACUUAAUUCGUUCCGGAGGUCUGUUCUUAACCUGAAACUGUUCUUAACCUGAAGCACCACUUUAGCUAAUGGGGCCUCCUGCAGCUGCUGCACCGCCGAGGCAUGAUUUCUGUUCUCAUCCUGAAGCAAGUUCUUAACCUGAAGCACGAUUUCUGGGUUAGCGGAGUCUGUAAUCUGAAGCGUAUGUAACCUGAAGCGUAUGUAACCCGAGGUACCACUGUAUUAACCUGUCUAUCAGCCCAGCAGCUGAUAUUCAGAAGCAUUCUUCCUCUGACAGUGGAAGCACCAAGUGUAGCCAUCCUGGCUAAUAACCAUUGAUAGCCUUUAUCUCCAUGAAUUUGUCUCCUCCUCUUUCAAAGCCAUCCAAGUUGGUGACCAUCCCUGCCUUCUUUGGGGUCAAGUUCCAUAACUGAACAAUGCACCACGUGAAGAAGAACUUUCUUUUAUCUGCCCUGAAUGUUCUAAUAUUCAGCUUAAUUGGAUGUUCCCAAGUCUAUGAGAGAGGGAGAACAACUUUUCUCUGUCCACUUUCUCUAUGCCGUGCCUAAUUUUUUCCACCUCUGUCACCUCACCUCUUGCUUGCUUUUUUCUUGAAACUACAAAACCCCAAAUGCUGGAACCUUUCAUCAUAGGGGAGUUGCUCUCUCCUCUUGGCCAUUUUGGUUGCCCUUUCCUGAAUAUUUCCCAGCUCCUUUGUUCCCAAGACUUAAAGAGGCUUAACCUUCAAAAGCUUUUCACAUGCAGCUUUAUUGGCAGUAAAUUCCAUUGAACACAGUGGGACGUCUGAGUAAACACGCGUAGGAGUGGGUUGCAUGUUUUCAAAAUAACAUUCCAUUGGGAAAAAUCCAACUGCAGCAGGCCUAGGGAGUUGUUCACAGUCAUUUUAAUGACCAUUCUAUUCUGCUUGUAAUGGUCUUUUAUAAAUGUUUUUAUAUUGCUGUACACUGCCCUGACAUUUUUGUCAGAGGACAAUACACAGAAAUAUUUCCUGCCCUCUGGACCACCUAGCUGGAGGAAGAAUUACCGUAUUUUUCGCUCUAUUGGACGCAUCGGACCAUAGGACGCAUCGGACCAUAGGACGCACCGGACCAUAGGAGGGGGAGAACAGGAAAAAAAAUUUUUCUUGUUCUCCCCCUCUAAGUCAAGGUGCGUUCUGUGUGUUCAAGGUGCGUUCACCCGAAGCCUCCGGAGCCCAGCGGGAGUUCCCGCUGGGCUCUGGAGGCUUUGGGUUCCUUUCGACCUGCUCUUUGGGGCUGGCAGGGGGGGGAGCACUGCUUUCCCCCACCGCCAGCCCCAAAGACCAGGUCGGGGAACAGCGGGAAGGCGGCGCUCCGCCUCCCCGCUGUCCCCCCAGCUUGUGGGGCUGGCAGUGGGGAAAGCAGUGCUUCUCCCCACCGCCAGCCUCCCCACCAGGUCGGGUUUGGAGGCUGCUAUCCACAAGCCUUGCGAGCCCAGCGGGGACUCCCGCCGGGCUCCCUAGGCUUGCGGAUAUCUGCCCGAAGACUGGAGAGCGAGAGGGGUCGGUGCACACCGACCCCUCUCGCUCUCCAGGCUUCAGCGAAAGCCUGCAUUCGUUCCAUAGGAUGCACACACAUUUCCCCUUCAUUUUUGGAGGGGGAAAAGUGCGUCCUAUAGAGGGGAAAAUACGGUAUUUGUUAACUCAGAAAGCCGACAUCAUGCAUUUCAAGUCCUUGUUCAUCCUAAUAAAGGGUGUUGUUUCUCUUGAUCUGUUCAUUCUGUUUUAAAGACAUUAAUCUAUUAAGGCUGAGCAUGCAUUGUAGCUUCUUUUUUCUAGACAGGGCAGGAGGAUUGUGAGAUGACCCAGAAACUGACAUUCUUUUCUUUUCCCUUGCCUCAUGUGCUGCUAGGGAGUCUAUGCGAUUGUGGAGCUACAGAAUGAGACAGUGCUGGAGAAAGUAUUGGCACAGCCCCAGCACAGCCUGGGGGGUCAGAAGCUGCGUGUCAAGCCUCGAGAGAAGAAGGACUUCAAAUACACGCCCCCCAGGAAGCAGGGGUCAGCCAGGCAAGGACAGCUGAGCCCCGAGAAGCUGGCACAAAAGUUGUGCCAAGCUGACAACGUGAGUGAACUCUGGUUUCUUUUUCUUGCCCUGUCUGUAACUUAUUUCUGAUCCAAGUGCUGGAGGAGACGGAAUGGAUGUGGUUGCUUGAUAGGACUAGCAACAGCUUUAAAAGUAUUAAACCCAAAGCCUUGCUAUUGGUCUCCCGCCUGCAGGUAGGAAAAGGGCUGUAGCUCACCGGCAGCGUAUUUGCUUUGUGUGCAGAAGGUCCCAGGUUCAAUCCCUGGCAUGGGAAAGAUUCCAUGUCUGAAACCCUGCACAGCUGCCAGUCAGUUCAGACAGUAGAGAGCUAGAUGGAUGUAAUGGUCCGAUUCUGUAUGAGUCAAUUUCCUGUGUUCCUUUUUAAACCAGCUGUUCAGUUAGGAUCAUGGGGACUGGAAUAUUCCCUUGUUUUUUGGGCAGAAACCAUAGCUCUGUGGUAGAGUAUCUGCAUGCAGAAAGUCCCAGGUUCAAGCCCAGGCAUCUGCAAUCAGAGCUGGCAAAGACUCCUGUCUGAAAUCCUGAACAGCUGCUACCAGUCAGUGUAGACACUACUGGCCUAGACGACCCCAAUAGUCUGACUUGGGUAUAAGGCAGCUUCCUUUGUUCCUAUGUUUCCAGGUGGAUGCCCAGAUGUCUUUGAUGGUGCAGCUCUUUGAGUUCUCCGAGAGCGAACGACGCCUGCGGGACUUGCUGGUCACUCUCUUCCAGGAGGUGUUCCUGGAGUUUUUCCCCGGUAAGCUGCUGCCCUGGACCUCUGCUGAUGGUCCAACCUUGGAUCUUCAUUUGACCUUUCACCCCCCCCUCCAUGCCCAGGUUCUGCUGUUCUCCCCUUUGGUUCCUCGGUGAAUGGCUUCGCUGUCUCUGGCUGCGACCUGGAUUUGUUCCUGGACCUUGAGAAGACAAAAAACUUCCAGGCCUCUGCCAAGCGACCUAGCGGGCCACAGGUGAGACCCAGAGUAGAGGACAUUAACAGUAGAUGGAGUUACGAAUGUCUCCUUCAGUCUUUCUUAGACUAGGAGUGGGAAAUCCUUUCAGCCUGACAGCCACCUUUCCUGCUAGGCAACCUUUCAGGCAGUGGGUCAUGGCAUGUGGGCCUUGGAAGCCUACCCAAAAAGGAAUUUGGCCCUGAGACUGAAAAAGAUUUCCCGCUUCUGGUGCAGAAGUGAUGCCGUCCUCCAUUAAUCAACAGCCCUAGUUGUAGCUGCUGUUAUUCUUACAUGGAUCUGGCUGCCACAAGCCGAGGGUGAUGGCUGCUACCUUGUCAAAUUGAUGGAGUUGAGGUUAGUUGACUGUUAACCACCAUGAUGUCAAAUGGAACAUCCCUGUCCAGAGGCAGUCUGUUUCAGAAUUCCAGAGGUCAAUGGCAUAGGAAGUUGCUUUAAGCUGAAUCAGUGGAGUCCAUAAGGACAUGUCCUCAGCUGGCCCCUGCUUACCCACUUCCUUUUUUUAAAAAAAUACGAUUUUUUAUUAGUUUUUUUUAAACAUAUCAUUUUCAACAGUAAUUAAACAUACUUUUGCAUCUUAUUCAAAUUUUUGACUUCCAUCAAUCCUGUCUGAAAAUUUUCCAAUCUAAUCUCUCAGUAUGCAUUUCUUAUCUUCCCUAUUACAUUUCAAACUCAUAACCAAUAUCUCUAUCUUUUAUACUUUGUAACACUUUGUAUAUUUCUCCUUACAAAACUUCUUGUAGUCCUACUAGCGUAAUUUGUUGAUUACAGUUGCUCUUCAAAUAAUUCAUCUACUUCUUCUAAUCUUCUGUAAAUCUCUGGUCCCGCAAGUUUCGAAUCCUUCCUGUCAUUUUGUCCAAUUCUGCAUAGUCCAUUAAUUUCGUCUGCCAUUCUUCUUUCAUCGGAAUUUCUUCUUGUUUCCAUUUCUGGACUAAUAAUUCUCUUGCUGCAACCCACUUCCUUACUUACUUCCAACCAGUCUAGGAGGUGGCACCUAGUCUAAGUGUUGCCUUUGUAGAAUGCUGUAGGGAGGAGGAUGGAGACAAGAGCAUAUCUUCUUGGUUCCAUCUAUCCUUGGCUGUGGUUUCCCCCUACUGCUGGUUUUCCUCUCUUCCCACCCUGCCGGUCCUAAUGAGCACUAGCUCUCACAGCUUCCAAGGAGCCGCAUGCAAAAGUGGGUGGACUAAUGGAUGUGACUCUCUUGCCUUUGUACAGCAGGCACUCACAAAUCAGAGGUUGCUACCUGCACAAAAUUCUCUCCAUCCCCCAUCCUGGUAACCUAGACACAUGCUUCCUGUUCACUGACAGAUUCCAGCCAAGGAAAAGCACUCGAGGAGGGUGUGGAGCAGGGCUGGAGAAGGCGCAGUUGCUGGUCAGUUUGCAAGCCCCCUCCAUAGAGGCUGGCCCCUCUCACUGUCCUCGGAGCUUGCUUACCGGUAACCUCCUCUGGCUGAUAUCUCGGACAGACCAGGGAGAUUUUGAUAGGCUACAUUUUCCCAAGCGUGGGUAAAAUGCACAACCCCUCCCUCCUGCUGUUGCAGGGGAAAGAAAACAAGUCAGAAAUCUAUUUACAUGAUGUUUAUUUCUGACAUUACAGCACUAAAGAAAAACACGUCCUUUCAGUUCAGUUCUUCCAGCAAGUCAGACAAACUUCCUGAACAUGCGCAAACGGAAGGUUUCAAAUUACACUCUUCACAAAGACUUAUCCAGCCUGUGAACGUCCUGGGAAAUUCUUUCCCACAAAUAGGCGCAUCAUGUGAUGUCAACAAUCUGGGUGUCUGCAGCGGUGAUGUUUCCAUAUACUGACAGUUGCCAGUUAGCGAUGCCUAGAGGUCUCCAUUCUCUCCACCCUUGUUUUAGGCCUCAUGUCCACUAUACAUUUAAAGCAGUAUCCUCCUACUUUUAAACAGUCACAGCUUCCCCCCAAAGGAUCCUGGGAAGUGUAGUUUGUUAAGGGUGCUGAGAGUAGUUAGGAGACACAUACCCCAUUCCACUCCCACAGAGCUGCAGUUUCUAGAGCGGUUAACAAUCAGUCCCUCUUCUCGGGGAACUCUGGGAAUUGUAGCGUGCCGGUGCCAGCUUCAACCACCAGCAUUUCCAGACAAGGCUGGGAAAGAUAGCUUGUCUGAAACCUGCUGCCGCUUGGACAGUGCAGUGUUAGACGUUCUGUUGUUCCAACCUGGUAUAAGGCAGAUUCCUACACUGAAAAGAGGUCUGCAACGCACUAGAAUCUAUAAGAAGUGCUGGGAGAGAUCUGAAACCCAGGAGAGAUGCUGCCAGUCAGAGUAGCCAGCACUGGGCCAGACAGAGAAACACUCAGGAUAAAAACAGCUUGUUCCAAAUGCACCUUCUCCUCCAGGCUGAGGACGGAGCCAGCGUGGAGCAGGACUCGUGCUCGGAGGACUCGAUCCUGAGCGAUAUUGACUUGGCUUCCGCCACAGUGCCUGAAGUGCUGGAGUUGGUUGCCGCCGUGAUGCGGAAGUGCGUUCCGGGAGUCCACAACGUCCAGGCCGUGCUGACUGCCCGUCGGCCAGUUGUCAAGUUUUGGCACAAGGAAUCGGGCCUGCGUGGUGACAUCUCCAUAAACAACAAGUACGGGGGCUGUGUGUGUGUGUGUGUGUGUGUGUGUGUGUGUGUGUGAAUCCCUUUACUAAAUUUCGCAUUGUUGCAUUACACCUUUGGCCCUCCUGGAUGUUGCUGAAUCACAACUCCCAUCACCCCUGGCUGUUGCCCAUGCUUGCUAGGGCUAAGGGGAGUUUUUGUUUUGCAACAUCUGGAGGGCCAAAGGUUCUUUCCAUUUUAUUAAUUUAUUGAAUUUAUAGCCUGCCUUUCCUCCUAAGGAGCCCAGGACGGCAAAAAGUUACACGAUUUAAAAACCAAAAAUAAAGCAAAUGCAUUCUACAAUACAUUAAAACAUACUGAAACUAGUUACAGAUAAAACGUUCUAAAACACAAUUACAAUGUAAAACAUAGACUUUCUUCCAAUGAUCUCAAGGUUUCCAGGAACAGUAUUCUUCAGCCACCAAAUGCCUUGAUAAACAGGAACAUUUUCAGAUUCCUCAUAAAAGUUAAGAAUGAUGGAGACAGGCACACAGUGCUGGGGAGGACAUUGCACAGUCAGGGAGCCACCACUGAAAAGGUCAUGUCACAGAUCAGUGCCAGUCAGGCAGCCCCCAGUGGUGGCACUACGAACACGACCAUUUAAGUACAUGAGGUCUCAGGGAAUUGUUUCUUAGGAGUUGAUUUCCUCUCUCAUUUUGGUGCUUGAUAUUUUCAAAAUGAGACAGAUGUUGCAAACGAGACCCUUUCCCCACUUCCAUAUUAGCUCUAUGCUCAGGGGGUGCAGGGGAGCUGCCUCGUUGUGUCAGGGUUCUGACUUACUGUCCUCUUCUCUGAAUUCUCUCUCCGUGGUAGGCUGGCCAUCUGCAACACGCGCUUCCUGCAGCUUUGCACCGAGAUGGACGAGCGAGUACGGCCUUUGGUCUAUGUAGUGCGCUAUUGGGCAAAGCAGCAGGCGCUGGCAGGUAAAGUGGAGAAACAAGGGGGGGAGGGGACUCAACAGAACUUGUGAAUGGAGAUGACAGCCCAUAGCAACUCAGUGGUGGAGCAUCUGCUUUGCAUGCAGAAGGUCUCUGGUUCAGUCUUCAGCAUCUUAGCUUGGGCUUGGAGAGACUCCUUGCUUGGGUCCCUGGACGGUUGUCGCCCAUCACCUGAGAUGUACGUUUUUAGGACCCCUUUUAUUCCUUUGACUGCAGUUUGUUGAAAUACUGAAUUUUAAAUUGUUGUAACCUGCUAGCGAAGGGCAGGUAAUAAAUUUAAUCAUCGUCGUCAUUUGGAGCUACAAAAAUGUGCCAUGGGUGUCAGCUACAAAAUGGCUGCCAUGGAAUGGAAUGGCCACCAUAUCUAAAAGAGCAGACUGAGAGAUGAAGGCCUACAAAAUAAUGUGGGCAUUCCCUGCCUCCCCACAACCAGCCACCCCAUCAGUGAGGAAAGGCAGCCUGUGCCAGUCACUCCCUCACUGCAUCUGUCCCCUGGUCAGAAUGGAGGGGAGGGGUAGGAGCCAAUCAAAUGUAGGUAUGUUUAAGGGGGCGUGUUCACUGUUGAUUGGCUGAGCCAGUGCAAACAGGAACUGAACUACAAGAGCAAAUGUCUACUGUGCCCUUUGGGUUUUUAGAGAUAUAUUUACCGAGACCUUUUGUAGGUACCAUGAGGGUUUCUGGCGACCAAGGGCGCCACAUUGGUGAUCCCUGCGAUAAAGCUUCGAAUUCUGCAGGCUGUGGCCCAGGGAGGGAGGGGUCUCGUGGCAGUGGGAUGCCAGAGCUUUAUUUCCACUUAACACUACCUCCUCUCCUCUCUUGACAGGGAACCCAUUUGGCGGAGGCCCCCUUCUCAAUAACUAUGCCCUGACCUUGCUGGUGCUUUUCUUCCUGCAGACACGCACCCCACCCAUUCUACCUACGGUCGCCCACUUGAAGGAACUCUCAGGUACCUACCCUCCCACCCCAAAAAAGCUUUAUUUAUCGCUUAGCUAGAUCCUGGUUUUGCCCCCCUUGUUGUUAUUUAUGUUGUACAAAUUGUUAACACCCACUUUGGGCUUCCUUGUGGGAGGAAAAGCAAGGUGCAAGUCUUGAGUGAUAUUCCCAGUCCCUGCAGCCACUGGCUACGCACAGAUGUCUUUGUACCUGUCCGUUCUGGUGAGAUCACCUGGAAUGAGGACAGCGAUUCAUUUGAUGCUGAAAGACACUUACCUGGGGAGGGAAGGGUUCAGGGUUCAUUUUGUUGUUCGUUUUUUGAAAUGUAAAAGAUUAAUAAACCUGAAGAUUAAUACACACACACAAAUGUGAUAUUCCUGGCAAUGCUUCUGGAAAGAGCGUUCUCACUCUCCUCUGCUCCCUAGUGGAAGAGGAACGCACUGUGGUGGACGGCUGGGACUGCAGCUUCCCCAAGGAUUCUGCGCGGCUGGAGCCCAGCGGGAACAAGGAAGAUCUUUGUGAGUUGCUCUCAGGAGGUUAAAACCCAGAUUAAAGUGCAAACUUUCCUGGUUAUUCUCCUUUAAAUGUGCAGAUGGGAGUCUAGGACAUUGGCCAUAGCUCAGUGGGACAGUAUCUGCUUUACAUUCAGAAGACGGCUCCCCUUCAAUCUCCAGGUUGGGCUGGGAAUGUCUUGUGCUUAAAAGUACUGCUGCCAGUCCAUGUGGACAGGACUGAGUGAAACGGGUGGUCUGCCUCCGCAUAAGGCAGCUCCCUUUUUAAAUCUUCACUUUAUUUAGAACGGUGGUUCCCAAACUCGAGUUUCCACCUGUUUUUGGACUACAACUCCAUCCCUAGAUAGCAAGACCAGUGGUGAGGGAUGAUGGGAAUUGUAGUCCAAAAGCAGCUGGAGCCCCAAGUUUGGGAAACACUUAUUUGGAACCAUGAGGGCUGGAAUCCUUAUUUUUAGGGGAAGGGGAGCAGCUCGGUGGUGAAGCACCUGCGUUGACUGCAGAAGGUUCCAGGCUGAAUCCCAGGCAUCUCCAGGUAGGACUGGAGAAAGAUUCCUGGUAGAGCUGGGAUGAGAUUCCUUCCUUUGAAACUGACUGCUGCCUGUCAGCAUAGACAAGACUGGUGCAAGAGGGACCAGUGGUUUGACUUAGUAUAAGGGAGCUUCCUAUGUGAUGGAAGCACUGAAUUGCUGUUGGUAGUACUUUGUGCAACACCUCCCUCGCAUCUCCAUGGCUCACUGGCUGCCGGCCUCUUACUUUCCAGGCUCUCUCCUGUCCGAGUUCUUCCGCGCCUUCGAGGACUAUGACUUCGCUGGCUGCGUGAUCUCGCUGUGGGAGGGCCGCCCGCUGCCUCUGCCCAGCUUCCUGUCCUCCUCUGAAGCGGGCAGCAAGCUCAAGCUGGGGCCCUUCAACCUCCAGGACCCCUUUGAGCAGAGCCACAACGUCGCCGCCAACGUCAACGAGAAGACGGCGCUGCGGUUCCAGCGCUGCUGCUGCAAUGCAGCCAAGUACUGCCGCAGCCUGCAGUACCAGCGCAAGUCCAGCAAGGGCAAGAUCUGGGGGCUCGUCCGCCUGUUUCAGCCGGGCGCCACCGAAGCUUCGGUUGCUGAGAACUUUGUCAUUGGCCUUCCCCUAACAAUGGCGGUGCCGCCCGCCCAAGCCCAUGAGCUUCUGGGCCAGGCCCGGGACUUCCAUCUACUUUGGUUCCAGAAGGUCUGUGCUAGCGUAGCCUUUGUCUUAAGAGACGUGCUCAAAUGUAGCUGUGUGGAGGUGGGGCAGGGGCUUGGGGAGGAGCAGGAAGUCUCUGAGGUGAAACAGGAAGAGGAGGAGUUAGAAGCAAAGACUCAGCAGCUGUCGGUAGGGUCCAAGCGUCCUCUAGACGAGGGAGGGAGCAACGUCUCUCUGCCCGCUAAAAGGCUGCGAGUUGAUGAUUUGCUCCCUGGUGAGGAGAGCAUGACCUGGAACUGCGCCGUCUGGCAUCGCGUGUGGCUGGGCCGUCGUCGCAUCCGGCGGCAGCUCCAGGGGCCGGAAUCCGAAACCCAGCACCAAAAGGCCAACUCCUUGGAUCUGGAAGCAAAAGUGUCUGAGGCCAUUUCCCAGCAGAAGUGCGAAGCAAGGCCCACAGACCCUCUCUUCCAGUUCACAGUUUGUGCCCAGGCCAGCAGGGGUGGCACUUCCUGCGAGCAAGACACACGCAUCAGCCUGAGAUUCUCGACAGACCCUGAGCAGGCUUCCGUCUUCCAGGAGUUCUUCCACUUCCUGCAAGGGUUUUUGCCCCGGAUGGUGGAGCAACACCUGGUUCGCAAGGCCUGA